UGCACGCCGCACGCGGGAGCUCAGCUGAAGGCCUGGGCGUGCCGAUUAGUUACUUGCUGCUGCUGCUGCAUUGUAGGUAGGUAGCCACGCAGGCCAGGCCAGGUCGGGUCGGGUCGGGUCAGGUCAGGUUAAGGCAGGACAAGGCUGGGCAAGGGUACUGUACGGAUUAUUUGAUAGGAGAGAGAGAGAGAGGAAAAAAAGCAUGAGUGAGCGGACCGGACGCUCGUCUACGCGGGGCUUAGCGCUUUGGGGGCGGAAGGCGGACGGGCCAUGGGCCAAGGGUCUGCAAGGGUGGGCACUGGGCAUGCCAGGAUGCACGCCCGCGCUGCCUUUUUGCCUGCGUUCGCUCGCUCGCUCUUCCUUGUUCCCGCUGCUGCUGUGGCCGGCUGGCUGGCCGCUUGCCCUGGCCCUGGCCUUGCCCUGUCCUCUCCUGUCCUCUCCUGUUCUGGCCUGGCCUGGCCUGCACCACCCCCCGGCCGGCUGGGUGGGAGGGGGAAGCGAGGCAGAUCGCCGUGCGUGCGUGGGACGGGAUGCUAGCUAAUUGCUGGCUGGCUGCGUGCGUGAGAGUGGGUAUAUUGGGCGUGUGGGCUGCUGUUGCUCGCGCGCUGCGACUACUGACUACUGCGACGGUGACUGCGCUCCGAGUCGUCU